GGCGGGGCUGCGUCGCGCGGGCGCGAGGGGGCGGGGCUCCGGCGGGUCACGUGCCCCCGCACCUCCCCGGCGCGCGCCCGCCCGCCCGCUCGCCCCCGGCCCCGGCUCCUCCUCCUCUUCUCGCCAUUGCAGUUGGGACUCGGCAGCCCGGUGCGCGCCGCGUGGCUGGUUUGUGGGGGGCGACCCCGGCGGGCUGUGGCAGGAGGGGGCGGCGGCGCCGGAGGCCGGGGACGCCGACCAGCGUCCAAUGCGAAUCUUUGUGAAUGAUGACCGGCACGUGAUGGCCAAGCACUCGUCCGUCUACCCGACCCAGGAGGAGCUGGAGGCCGUGCAGAACAUGGUGUCCCACACGGAGCGCGCACUCAAGGCAGUGUCCGACUGGAUCGACGAGCAGGAGAAGGGCAGCGGCGAGCAUGCCGAGGCCGAGAGCGUGGACCUGCCCGCCGAGGACGAGACCAAAGAAGGUGCCGGGGAGCAGAAGACGGAACACAUGACGCGGACGCUGCGCGGCGUGAUGCGUGUGGGCCUGGUGGCCAAGGGCCUGCUGCUCAAGGGCGACCUGGAUCUGGAACUGGUGCUGCUGUGUAAGGAGAAGCCCACCACCUCGCUCCUGGACAAAGUGGCCGACAACCUGGCCAUCCAGCUCGCUGCCGUUACAGAAGACAAGUACGAAAUCCUGCAGUCCGUGGACGAUGCUGCAAUUGUCAUCAAGAACACGAAAGAGCCCCCCCUGUCCCUGACCAUCCAUCUGACGUCCCCUGUGGUCAGAGAAGAGAUGGAGAAAGUGUCAGCCGGAGAGACGCUCCCGGUCAGCGACCCCCCAGAUGUGCUGGACAGGCAGAAAUGUCUGGCUGCCUUGGCAUCCCUUCGGCACGCAAAGUGGUUCCAGGCCAGAGCCAACGGGCUGAAAUCUUGUGUCAUAGUCAUCCGGGUACUGAGGGAUCUGUGCACGCGCGUACCCACCUGGGGGCCCCUCCGAGGAUGGCCCCUGGAGCUCCUGUGCGAGAAGUCCAUCGGCACGGCCAACAGGCCCAUGGGCGCCGGCGAGGCCCUGCGGAGGGUGCUGGAGUGCCUGGCGUCGGGCAUCGUCAUGCCAGAUGGUUCUGGCAUUUAUGACCCUUGUGAAAAAGAAGCCACUGAUGCUAUUGGGCAUCUAGACAGACAGCAACGGGAAGAUAUCACGCAGAGCGCGCAGCACGCGCUGCGCCUCGCAGCCUUUGGGCAGCUCCACAAAGUCCUGGGCAUGGACCCCCUCCCUUCCAAGAUGCCCAAGAAGCCAAAGAACGAGAACCCGGUGGACUACACGGUCCAGAUCCCCCCCAGCACCACCUACGCCGUCACACCCAUGAAGCGCCCCAUGGAGGAGGAUGGGGAGGAGAAGUCACCCAGCAAGAAGAAGAAGAAGCUGCAGAGGAAAGAGGAGAAGGCAGAGCCGCCGCAGGCCAUGAACGCGCUGAUGCGGCUGAACCAGCUGAAGCCAGGGCUGCAGUACAAGCUGGUCUCGCAGACCGGCCCGGUGCACGCCCCCAUCUUCACCAUGGCCGUGGAAGUGGACGGCAACUCCUUCGAGGCCUCAGGCCCGUCCAAGAAGACGGCCAAGCUGCACGUGGCCGUGAAGGUGUUGCAGGACAUGGGUCUGCCCACGGGCGCCGAGGGUCGGGAUUCGAGCAAGGGCGAUGACUCCGCCGAGGAGACGGACAGCAAGCCGGCCGCCGUGGCCCCGCCCCCGGUGGUAGAGACCAUCUCCACGCCCAGCGCCGCCUUCCCCUCUGACCCCAGCUCCGAGAACGCCCAACAGCAGGGCCCCAUCCUGACCAAGCACGGCAAGAACCCGGUCAUGGAGCUCAACGAGAAGCGGCGGGGGCUCAAGUACGAGCUGGUGUCCGAGACGGGCGGCAGCCACGACAAGCGCUUUGUCAUGGAGGUGGAGGUGGACGGACAGAAGUUCCAGGGCUCCGGGUCCAACAAGAAGGUGGCAAAGGCCUACGCUGCCCUGGCUGCUCUGGAGAAACUCUUCCCCGACGCGCCCCUCGCCCUGGACGCCAACAAGAAAAAGCGCACCCCAGUGCCUGUCCGAGGGGGCCCCAAAUUUGCUGCGAAGCCACACAGCCCUGGGUUCGGCAUGGGGGGGCCCAUGCACAAUGAGGUGCCCCCGCCCCCCAACCUGCGUGGGCGGGGCCGAGGCGGGAACAUCCGCGGCCGAGGGAGAGGGCGAGGAUUUGGUGGCGCCAACCACGGAGGCUACAUGAACGCUGGCGCCGGCUACGGCAGCUACGGCUACGGCGGCGGCAACUCAGCCACGGCCGGCUACAGUCAGUUCUACAGCAAUGGCGGUCACUCGGGCAGUGCCGGGGGCGGCGGCGGGGGCGGCGGGGGCUCCUCCAACUACGGCUCCUACUACCAAGGCGACAGCUACAAUUCCCCCGUGCCCCCGAAACACGCCGCCAAGAAGCAGCCGCACGGGGGCCAGCAGAAGCCGGCCUAUGGCGCGGGCUACCAGCCGCACCCCGGCCCGCAGCAGUCCUACAGCCAGAACCAGUACAGCAGCUAUGGCCCACCUCAGGGCAAGCAGAAGGGCUACGGGCAGGGCGGCUACUCGGCCUGCAACUCCUACAGCUCCCCGGGCGGGGGCGGCGGCGCCGACUACAGCUACGAGAGCAAAUUCAACUACAGUGGGAGCGGAGGCCGGAGCGGCGGGAACAGCUACAGCUCCGGCGGCUCCUACGCAGGGUCCCACGGGGGCUACGGCGGAGGCUCUGGGGGCUCCUCAUACCAAGGCAAACAAGGAGGCUACUCAUCACAGUCGAAUUACAACUCCCCGGGGUCAGGACAGAGUUACAGCAGCGCGCCCAGCUCGUACCAGUCGGCACAGGGCGGCUACGGCCGGAACGCAGACCACAGCAUGAACUACCAGUACAGAUAAAGGCCCCGCGGCCGAAGACUUGUACGUUCUGCACUUAGCCCGUUGUAAGAUUCAGUUGUGUGCAUCACAGUUAACAUGUCCACUGGCCUGCCAGGCCCCCCGCCCCAUCCCGUCCACGUUGCUGUGUUGUGCAGUGCCGCUGGCCACACCGUGGCCCCAGUUUAGCCGUGUUUGGGACUGCGCGUCUUCAUGGUUGGUUAGUGGCCAUUCCCACGUCGUCCAAGUAGAGUUUUUUGCGUUCCUGGAGUUCGGUGCCCUGCCCACCCACCUCCCCCCCAAACACAGCCCCCGCCUCCACCCGUCCAUUCGCCAUCGGUGUUGGUGUUAAUAACUCGGUUUGUCUUUUCAAUAGUCACGGAAGGGAACCUUCCUCUGUUCAUGCUUUUGUGAAAGUGACUUCAAUGAGCUUUUCUGUAUUUUAAUGCUUUAGUGUUUCCGUUUUAUAAGUGAAGAUUUUAUUUUACAAACCAGCGGGCAAAGCAAGAGUGGGUCCGCUCCGUCAGGCAGUGUAUCUGGAUUAAGCUGAAUGUAGACAAAUAAAGACACGGAAAAUUGCGCCCGUCCUGGCCUGGGUGUCUGCCCGCUGCGGCGCCCACCCGCCCGGCGUGUCCUCCCUCCACUCCAGCCCGGGGCAGUGCGGGCGGCGGGGCCAGCGCGCGGGGCCCCUGGGCCCUGGUGCUUCUGGGAUCACCCCUGAUUCAGGGGCACUGUGUUCUUGGCUCAGCGAACUCAGGAUGAGUAUUGACACACAAUCACGCUCCUGUGAGGUGAGACCACCUUGUAGGCCGGCUGGCACCUCACUUGACAGGCUGGUCGGAUUGGCACCCCAAGGUCCGUGAGGUUUUUCUUUAUCCCCGCCAGGAGACCUGACUUGAAUCCUUGGGGGGGGUCACUGUCCCUGGGCAGUGUUGCAGUGUAGCGGGGGGCCUGGUGAUAACCUUGCCAGACCUGUGUCGGCCGAGCAGAGGCCUCAAACCCCACGGCUGGGUGGGGCCGGGACUCUGCUGGCCGGAACUGCCCUCCCGAGGCCGGAGAUGAGGGGCACCCGGGAGGGGUGUGAAGCUCACCAAGGCCAUGCCACCAACUUGAGGGGCUGAAGAUGCACUCAGAGGAAACAACAAGGCUGGCAUAGAGACGCCCCCAGAAAAUGGGGCCCACCCCACCCAAACAGCGGCAUUGGAAGCCAGAUUGCACCGUGACCCCAAAUGCCCUGGAGUGCAGAGAUAGACUGAGACGGCUUCCAACGGACAACCCACAUGGUCCCUCGGACGCACCAGCCACAUGGCUUCAGCCUCGGAACCCGAAAGUGCAGGCCCCCAGGCCGCAGGCAUAUGGAGACUGGCCUGGGGUGCUGGGACUUGGUGCCUCAGGGGGGCCACAUGGCCCAGGACGAUCUCUGGACCUGAGCACCUAAGGCCCUUGGGGCUAACCUGCCUUGAGCAUCGGAUGGGGGGCUGCCUCCGGAGAGCUCACCCCAAGAUCCUUAAUUCUCUCUAAAGACCCGAUUUCCAAUAAAGUCUCCUUCACAGUA